AUGAAGAACGAAUCCUAUUUCCAUCAAUAUGAAGCUGCUGCCAGGCGAUAUUUUGAUAUUGUGGAGGAAAUUACAAACAAGAAAAUACAAUACAUCAAAGGGGCAGACGAAUAUGGAAAAACUUCUCUCCACUAUGCAGCAGAAUUUGGGGAAGAGUGGAUAGUAGAGAGGUUGAUAAAGAAAUUUCCUUCCAGUGCAUAUACGUUGGACAUAAAUGGUCACUCUCCACUUCACAUUGCAGUUUGGAAAUUCAACCUUAAAGCAGUGAAAGAGCUGAUUAAACAUUGCCCAGAUAGUAUGGAGCAGGUAAGCCAGAAAGGAGAGUCCAUUCUUCAUUUUGCAGUGAAGAGUGAAAGGUUGAGAAUGGUGAUCUAUGUUGUGGAUAUAUUGGGUCCUGAAGGAUUGCUAAACCAACCAGAUAUGUAUGGAAAUACAGCUUUCCAUGUUUCUGCUAAUCUCACUUCUACCAGGAAAUUUUUUUUAUUUGGCAUUCGAUGCAAGGCAAGAUCCAUGGGCACUUAACAAUGAACAGCAGAUAGCUUUUGAUAUUCAAGACCAGCAACCUCGAAACUCAGUAUUU